ACAUCGGAUUUCCACUUUUCCCCCACAGUCCGCGACAACGCGCCGCACUGGCUGCGUCUUAUCGCGAAGCGCGCAAAAUAGAAACGCGCCCGCGUCCGCACAUUGCAAACACCCAUCAAUAAAAACUACCAACAAUAUACCGCUUUGGUAGAUAAAUAUAUCGCUCUUGUGGUUGACUUAUCGUGUACAGAACGGAUUCGCACUACCAUAAGAUUGCUGUGGAAGAUGGCUAGCUUCUAAGAAAUAGCGGGAAAAGUUUGCGGCGUAGACUAAUAUCAACCUUGCAGGAUGACGAAAAAGUUUGAAUUCAAUUGGCAGAUCCCCGUUCCAGAGCCCUUGUUACAGGGCGCAGUAUUUGACAGAUGGACAGAAGAGAAGGAUAACACCGAAUUAGAGCAGAAUUGUUUAUUCAAAGUAGACGAGUAUGGAUUUUUUAUCUACUGGAAGAGCGAAGGCCGGGACGGAGAUGUGAUAGAACUGUGCCAAGUCAGCGAUGUGAGGUCGGGAGGUGUGCCAUUAAAGGAGUCUAAAUUAAGCUCCAGCCUUCAGAACAAGCAUGGAGAGAGUUUAGAAGAUAAAUCCUUAACAAUAUGCAGUGGCACUGACUAUAUCAAUAUCAAUUAUCAGCACGUUGUAUGCCCAGAUGCUGCCACCGCUAAGGUGUGGUUGGAAGGCCUAAGGAAGAUUACACACAAUGUAAAAGCUAACAACGUUUGCCCCAUGACCUGUUUAAAGAAACAUUGGAUGCGACUCUGUUUCCUGACUGAUCCUCGAGGGAAGGUGCCCGUGAAAGUAGUAGCGAGAACAUUCGCCUCAGGCAAAACCGAGAAAUUAGUCUAUCAAUGUCUAUCCGAGCUUGGUCUACCGUCAGGAAAAAACGAUGUAAUGGAGAAAGAAGCGUUCACAUUUGACAAAUUUUACGCUUUAUACCAUAAGAUUUGUCCGAGAAAUGAUAUAGAAGAAUUGUUUAGAUCCAUCACUCAGGGUAAGUCAGAUCGAAUCAACCUGGACCAAUUUGUCAAUUUCUUAAAUGAAAAACAGAGAGACCCUCGAUUGAAUGAAAUCCUCUAUCCACUGUAUGACGAGAAGAGAGCCGCCGAGAUCAUUAACACAUACGAACAAAAUGAGGAGGCUAGAAAUGCAAAAUGCCUCACAAAAGACGGGUUGAUCCGAUAUCUCAUGUCUGACGAAAACGCCCCCGUGUUUCUGGACCGGCUCGAUAAUUACAUGGACAUGGAUCAACCUCUAGCUCACUAUUAUAUCAAUUCGUCGCAUAACACCUAUUUGUCAGGAAGACAAUUUGGUGGAAAGAGCUCAGUUGAAAUGUACCGACAAGUGUUAUUGGCUGGAUGUAGAUGCGUAGAACUCGACUGCUGGGACGGAAAAGGUGAAGAUGAAGAACCGAUCAUCACCCACGGAAUGGCCAUGUGUACUGAUAUUCUAUUUAAGGAUGUCAUAUACGCUCUACGUGAUACGGCAUUUGUAACAUCAGACUAUCCCGUAAUUUUGUCGUUCGAAAACCACUGUUGCAAGGCCCAACAGUACAAGCUGGCGAAGUACUGCGACGAGAUCCUUGGUGAUUUGUUGCUGAAGGAAUCACUCUCGGAGUAUCCGCUGGAACCAGGCGUUCCUCUUCCACCGCCGUCUGCUUUAAAACGAAAGAUUCUAAUUAAGAAUAAGCGACUGAAACCCGAAGUGGAGAAGCAAGAAUUAGAAUUAUUUCGUCAGGGCCAAUUCGUAAUAGAGGAAGAAGAGAAAGAAGAUGCAUCGGCUGUCGCUAUACCAGAUAAAAAGCCCGAAGAAAUAGUAGCGGAAGCGGCUGUAGCAGGCGACGAUGCCCCUCCUCCUGUGGCAUACACGGGCUCCACUACCAACGUACACCCAUGGUUAUCCUCCAUGGUCAACUACGCGCAACCUAUCAAGUUCCAGGGAUUCGAGGAAGCAGACAAGCGCAACAUUUACCACAACAUGUCCUCCUUCGCGGAAACAACCGGCAUGAACUAUCUAAAGACCCAAGCCAUAGACUUUGUAAACUACAACAAGCGGCAGAUGUCAAGAAUCUACCCGAAAGGAACGCGCGCUGACUCUUCCAAUUACAUGCCACAGGUUUUCUGGAACGCUGGCUGCCAAAUGGUAUCUCUCAACUUCCAAACGUCAGAUCUUCCAAUGCAACUCAACCAGGGCAAAUUUGAAUAUAACGGCAACUGCGGGUACCUGUUGAAGCCUGACUUCAUGAGGCGAGCUGACCGCAGUUUCGAUCCUUUCGCAGAUGCACCAGUGGACGGUGUAAUCGCUGCUCAAUGUUCUGUUCAGGUUAUAGCAGGGCAGUUCUUAUCAGAUAAAAAGAUUGGCACAUACGUAGAAGUGGACAUGUACGGGCUGCCCUCAGACACGAUCCGUAAGGAGUUCCGUACACGCAUGGUGCCUGCCAAUGGACUCAAUCCAGUAUAUAAUGAAGAGCCGUUUUUGUUCCGAAAGGUUGUAUUACCAGAUCUGGCUGUCCUCCGCUUUGGUGUGUAUGACGAGAACGGGAAACUAUUAGGACAGCGUAUCCUGCCGCUUGAUGGUCUACAGGCUGGUUACCGGCACAUCUCGCUCCGAACUGAAGCUAACUUCCCAAUGUCACUGCCUAUGCUGUUCUGUAAUAUUGAGCUCAAGAUCUACGUUCCUGAUGGCUUUGAAGACUUUAUGGCGGCGCUGUCUGACCCUCGCGCUUUCAUGGGCGCGGCUAAGGAACGAACAGACAAUAUGAAACAGAUGGGCAUCGAAGAAAGUGGACCGGAAAAGAAAGUGCAGAUUGAAGAGAAGAAAGAAGAGCCUCCUCUCGUUUUCGAGCCAAUUACAGUGGAAUCGCUCCGACAAGAUAAAGGCUUUGUCAAGAUCAGCCGUAAACAACAGAAGGAACAAGAAACGAUGAAGAAACGGCAAGCCAAAGAGAAGGUUGCCUUGCAGAAGCAACAGUGUACCGCACUUGAGAAAAUCAUCAAAGGCAAAAGCAAAGAUCAGUUGAGCAACGACGAAACGCUACGCAAGCUUGUCAAUGAGCAAUCAGCCGCUUGGAAAGAGCUCAUUACCAAACACCGCAUGGAGGAGUGGAGCACCGCCAGGAGCCGCCUGAACGAGCAGCGGGAACUCCUCAAGAAGAUGAUGGAGCAGACGCAGCAGGCGCAAUUGAAGCAGCUAGAAGGGAAACACGAAAGGGAAUUGAAGGAGAUGACUGCACGCCAAACAAAGAUCAGCAUAGAAACUAGCAAAGAAGUGGCCAAUGAUAAAACUUUGAAGACUAAACAAGAGAAAGAUAGACGAUUACGUGAGAAGAAACAAAAUAACACUAAGAAAUUUAUGGACGAGCGUAAGACUCAAACCAUCAAACAGAAUCGCGAGAAGGAAAAGCUGAAGGCCACCCAUGAAAAGCAAAUGGAUGAUUUAUCAAAGGAUAUAGACACUCUCAUCCAAAUGUACAAGAUGGAGGAAUCUGACUACGAUUCGAAUCAUAAACCAGAGUACUUUGCAUGAAAGUACCCUCAUAUAGCUCCGCUGUUGGAGCAAAUGACUUGAAAAGUGAAUGUUUAAGUGAUCUCUUCUAUAUUAAAAUUAACUAAAUUAUAAGUCACCAAAAUUCCUAUUUAAAACACAUACGUACACGUGAAAAGAUUAGAACUAAACGUUUUAUUUAUUGUCUAGUUAUGACUUGGGUCGAUUUUGUCACGAUCUUUAGGACUUACUUCCUUAAUUGAUGCUACCAUUACAUUAUUUAUCCAUUGGAUAUUGAAUAUAUGUGUCCCCCAUUGAAUGUCACAAGAAAUAACUACCUCGAUGUAUGUGAUGACUUUCUGCAACACACUUGAGGUCAUCGCUUACCUAGUAGGUAGUCACCCUAUACUGCGUUUGCUGAUACUGGGUCGCAAUCAACAUCGGUUGUCGAUUGUUUGAGCUACACAACUUAUUUUUUAUCAAAUAAUAAGAGGCAAUAACUGUUGCUUAUAUUUAGAGGCCACUUCAACUUCUCUAUUUAUUGUAUUUUCAUUACUUAACUAUAAAAACGAGUUGUAAUCAAUAUACAAAAAAGUGUCACGCAAAGCAUUCCCAGAAAUAAGUAGACUAGGAGAUGGUGACAAUGUUGAUACAUGCCAGUAAUAUAUAAGAUUUAUAUUAAUUUUACGUUUUGAUCAAAAAUUACUUGUGUUAAAAUAUUAUUUGUAUUUCAUCUGGAUCGAUAACAAUAUUAUGGCUAUUGAGCAAAUUAUAUUUAAUAUUCAUGGUAGCGGUUUGUUAGAACUAUUGUUUUAUAAAACCACAUGUAUUGCAAUUUAUCUGUUAAAAUAAGUACAUAGAUAGGUGUCUAUUACAUAUUAAAAAUUUUCAUAAAUUUCAUAGAUCGUGUUUAGUUAAAUAAAGUAACAAUCAUAGUAAUGCAGUCUAAGUAACUGUCUCUUCCCUAUAGCCUUGGUGUACUCUCCAUGGUAUACCUACGCUGAUACCAUGAAAAGUACCAUACAUAUGUCUGUGUAUAUAACCAUUCCAUUGUAUGGAAUAGAAACAUACACAGCUCUAAUAAAUAAGACCUUUAUAUACCUACUUUAAUAAUAAUGAAUUAAUAGAUAUAAUAUUGAAAUAUUAGAGCACCUAACUAUUGUGAACAAUCUUAAUUCAUAACAUGACAUCAGUGCCCGGUGUAGUGUAUGUCAAGUGAAACAAUUUUGCGGAGUAGAAAAAUUAAAGCGUGCCAAAAUAGAGAUCAAGUGCGGUAGAUGGUUAAAAAAAAUAUGAGCACUCCAACUAUCCCGUACGCACUGGUGUCACACAUUGUCAGAGUUGCCAGAUGCGAAUUUUUAUUUUAACCCGAAAAUGAAAUAUUUUUUCUACAAACCGAUACGAUUUCACCCAAUCAUAAAGUUAUAUCAUUUGUCAAUACGUUUUGCUAUAAACAUCGAUAAAAAUUACAUUUAGCCUAUCUUAUUCUCUCCUUCUCUUGACUCAUCCUCUAUUUUGGUAUCAUUAUUUGUGUACUUCUAUACCAACACCAAAACUGAUCAAAAAGUUACGCAAAUUUCUUCAAACUUAUUUCACUUUUCUCCAAGAAUUUAAUUUCUCCAAAAUUUCCAAACAGAAAAAUGUUUACUCAAAAUUGCAAAGAAAUACCAAAUCUGGCAACACUGCACAUUGGUCAAUUCUGAGGCGCCAUUUCUCUAAACCUAUCUCUAAAACUAAAAUUUCAUUUCGGUAUCCUACCGAAAUCUUUAGUAUGAGGACCAAUAUAAACUAAUUUUCCCAUAGAUCUAAGUCACAAUUAUUAUAAUUUUGGUUUAUAAUGGUCUAUGAAUCAGAAAUUUCACAAAUUAAAAUAUUAGAUUAAGAGAUAUAUUUAGAGAAAUGACGCUUCAGAAUCAGCCCCAAUAUUCAUUAGAUAACAUUUUUAAGGAAGGAAAAUAUUCAGGUGGCCCGAAGCGCCAACAUAAACACAUCGGGUCCUGCAUGCCACUGCGUGUGAUUAUUGUAUGUAUAAGUAUUUAUACGUGUACAUUAUCGUCUAUACAAUUUGUAAUACACCCUACAUUAUUAUAUUACAUUAACGAAAGAUUGGAACGAGAAAAUUAACGAGUAAAAAUCGUACUGAAAAGAAGUGAUUUUUCGGCCUUUUGGAAUUUAAAGUUUAGGUAAUAAUUACCUUAGAAUAGCAAAUAUAUUACGUUCUUGUUACGGGUAUAAUGUAAUUAUGAUCCAUUUAAUGAUCAAUAAAAUAUUAUAUUCAUUUUUAUUUUAAGGAAAAUUCGAUCUUUUUACUUAUUUAACAAUAAUUAUAAGUAACUAUAUAAAAUAUAUUAUUAUUAAUCACUUUAGUAGGUUAUAAUCUUUAUAUAUUAGUUAUAAAAGAAUAUACAUGUCUAACUUACUACUCUCUGGAAUAUACUGGUCAUUGAAAGAUAAGUUCUAUUGAAUUGUUCUUUCGUUCUAUCAAUUUCAAUAAUUGACACUUAUUUCAAACAUCUUUUACUUUUAAACUGUGUUAUUAUAAGAUACAAUAGGUGAAUAAAUUAUAAUUACUUAACCAUGACUCUGUAUCAUCCAUAUAUAGGCUCUAAGAAUUAUUUAGUAAUUAUGUUAAGCUAUAGUAUAUAAUCUUGCAAACAUAACCCGUGAGACUAAAGUAGUAACUUUACGUGAAUCACAUUGAUUAACAUCGGUUUAAUAACCUAAUAUUUUACUCACCAGUGUGUUUAGUAAAAUAUUAGGCCCUCAGUACGAGACGUUUAGUAAACUCUGUUGGGUAUACACAAUUAAUAAUUAAAUAUGAUUUACAUAAAGUGACUAUUUUAAGCCCACGGGGUGGAGGGAUGAGGAGGAAUAGUACACUAAAAAUAAAUACCUAAUUUUCUUUAGCUUAAUAGAUAAGUCUAUGAAGCCCGAUACAAUCUCCAUUCCUGUCUACUUAAGGUAGGUUUUUUAAUACCUUCUCAAAAAUGCCAAACCCUAAUUUAUUAAAACGUUACUCACAUUGCCAAAAUGAAUCUUCAGUUAAAUAUUAAAAUAUUUAGAUUUAUAAAGGUUGCAAUGAAAUAUUUACGAUAGUGAGUGAUCGUUUUUAUUAUCUCGAGUAAGUAUAAUAAAUAAAUUUAUUAUAAGGUUUGGCUACUAUCAUUCCUUAAAAAAUUCUACCCUCAUCUCUUGUUGUUAGUGGACCAAAAUUUAUUCAAUUUCAUUAUAAAAACUAACUACAAGCAUGUACGAUGCAUUAACUUAAUACUUAUCUAUUUAUAUAUUUUUAAAAAUUCAUCAAUAUUAAAAUCUAUUAUGCCAUCACCGAUUUGUUUGAUGUAAAUUCAAUAUUUUCGUUUACAGUAGAUUCUCAAUUAUACGAAUCAAAUAAAACCAGUGGCAUUCUAUGUUAUUAAAAAUCUGGAUAAUCGAUUUAAAAGUCAAAUCAAAAAAUACAUAAUUAAAUUUUAAAUAUUUUUUUUAUUAAGUAAAGGGUUUUACAUACGUCAUUUAGGCAAUACAAUAUAAAUAAAAUUAUGUGCUAUAGUGAUAAUGGGUUACAUAAUACCUGUUUACUUAAUUAAUAUGUAAUAUCAUUUCCGAAACGGUAAUUGGAGCCGUGAAGAUUAAGUCCGGAUUAUCAAAUAUUCGGAUAAUCGAGAUUCUACUGCAAUGUUAAUUGGAAGACUUGGUGUCAAUAUUUUAUUUUAAUAUAAAAUUACAUAUUGUACAGAAAUUGUUAUGGAUACAAUUAUUAUCAGCACUUUUACUAUAAUGAGUAGAUGUAGAUAUUAGUUUUAAUAGAAGCCUAAGUAAGUACCUUAAAGUUCAACAUUAUAAAGUCUAGUCAAUUUUAUUCAUAAUAUUAUUUUAUGACUUAGGUACAUACUACCUAAAUAUAAAGCUGUUGACCAAUGUCUAUGCAUUUUCAAUUUAAAAUAAUAAAUUAUUUUUUUUUUAAUUUAAUUCCGACAAUAGCUAUUUAUUCUAAAAAUUCUAAAACAUUACACCUUAUUUGUAAUUAUAGAUAAUCUAUUCCAAAUAUAUACAGAUAUAGUUUCAGUUCAUUUACAAUAUAUUGCCAGUAAAUAUAUUUGAGUACCUAGUGGCAUAAACUCCUUGUCACUUAUGAAUUCACUUAUAAAUAGUCUUGAAUUUAUACUGAAACAUAAACUAUUAUCAUAAUUAUUUAGAUUUUAAAAAUGAUAGUGAGAGUAAAUAAUAAGUGUUUCUUAAUAUUUAUAAUCGUGUUUUAGAAUUUACAUUUAUAAUUCAGAGAAUGUUAUGAUAAUAUUCAUAAAUGCACUUUAUUUACUUUGGAUAAUAAAAUUAUUCAUAUAUUAUGGUAAAAUUAUACAAAAGAUAAUUUCGUUAAUUGUUGUAUUGUAACUUAAUGAAAAAUACUGUAUUAGUUAGUUUUGGAAUUGUGAUACGAAAAAAUAUAUUAAAUUAUUUGGCCUAUUGGAUAUUCUUAUAUAAGAAAAUUUGAAUUAGAAUUUUGACAUAUUAUCUAUAGAUACAUAAUAUCAAAACAUAUACAAAAAUCAUCAGGACCCAAUUCUGAUGUAAAUAAAGUAUCAAGUUAAAAAUUUUAUUGUUUUCAGUAGCACUCUUAGCACUUAAUGUAUUGAUAUGGCACCAUUCUGAUGAAUGUAUUUGUGAUUUGUAUUUUGAAAAACAGUUAUUGCGUACAGUUUUCUCAACCAUUUAGAUAAUAUAAGGAUGUGGAAUGUAAAGCAUAUAUUCUAAACUCAUUAUAUUGGACAUAUAUUUUAGACACAUUGCUGUUUAUAAUCUAUGAAAUUUGGUGGCAAAAUAAGAUAACCAGUACUUAAUUACCAAAUUUCAUCAUUUUUAGGAACAUAGUGAAACACAAUAUUAUAUCCAAAGAUUUGUUUAUUGUUUAAAGUACAAUAACUAAAUUAUAACAUUUUAAAUACAA